UUUGUAUUAGAUGAUUUUUCUUAUAUGGCUUUCCCAACCCUGGAGGGACUUGAGUUUGUCAGCUCUGUGUGGCAUUUUGCUUUCGUUUUAGGAUUUCACCACACCCUGCCUUACUUUUUUUGUUAGUUUCUCUUUUUCUGAGAAAGAAAUCUUGAACUUGGACUCAAAAUGCUCUGAAGAACAUUGUUAUUGUUUUGGAAAGCCACUGCAUCAUGACCCAAGACAAAGAACCUGAACCUAUCAUCAAAUGUGCUCAUUUUCUUUACCUCACAGCCUUGAUUGUUGGAGUCUUAAUCCAGUUCUCUGAUGGAAGUGAAUUUUCAGUGGACCUGUCGAAAAUAGGCCUGACUCGUGUUCCCAAAGAUAUACCAUCACAUGUCCAAGUCUUAGACAUGUCUCAAAACUCCAUAUUUGAGCUUCAGACCUCUGACUUCAGCUCUUUGUCAGGGUUGAAAGUUUUAAGACUUUCCCAUAAUAGAAUCCAGAGGCUUGAUUUCAAUGUGUUCAAGUUCAACAAGGUCUUGGAAUAUUUAGAUUUAUCUCACAAUCACUUGCAAAACGUGUCUUGCUAUCCUGUGGUGAGCCUGAAGCAUUUAGACCUCUCUUUCAAUGACUUCAAUGCACUUCCUGUCUGUGUUGAAUUUGCCACGUUAAUGCAACUGGAUUUCUUAGGACUAAGUGCUGCAAAGUUCCAACAAUUUGAUCUGCUACCACUUGCUCACAUACAUCUAAGUUACAUUCUUCUGGAUUUAGGAAAAUACUAUGUGAAAGAAGAUGAGACAGAGAAUCUUCAAAUCCUGUACAUAAAAACACUUCACUUCAUCUUUCCGAUGAAUAGUUUAUUCUCUAUCCAUCUGAAUGUCCAAGUUAACACUUUAGGACACUUGCAGCUGACGAAUGUUAACCUGGGUAAUGAAAACUGUCAUGUUUUAAUUAACUUUUUAUUACCACUUACUAGACAUCCAACCUUAAUAAAUAUUACCCUCGACCAUGUGGAAACAAAUUGGAAAUGCUUGGUUAGUGUUUUUCAAUUCCUUUGGACCAAAUCUGUGGAAUACCUCAAUAUAUACAAUUUAACUAUAGUUGAAAGCAUUAAUAAUGAAGAUUUUACUUAUUCUGCAACAUCAUUGAAAGCACUGAAAAUAGAACAUGUAACAAACAGGGUUUUACUUUUCUCAAAGGCAGCAUUUUAUGGUGUGUUUGCUGAGAUGAACAUUAUGAUGUUGACCAUAUCAGACACGGCUUUUAUUCAUAUGCUUUGUCCUCUGGCACCAAGCACAUUUCAGUUUUUGAACUUGACCCAGAAUGUGUUGACAGAUAGUAUUUUUCAAAAUUGUUCCAAUUUAGUGAGGUUGGAGACCCUUAUCUUACAGAAGAAUGUGUUAAAAAAUCUUUUCAAAGUAGCUCUCAUGACUAAGGAUAUGCCAUCUCUAGAAAUAUUGGAUGUGAGCUGGAAUUUGUUGGAAUUGCCUGGAGAUGAAGGAGAUUGCCUUUGGGUUGAGAGCAUAGUGGUGCUAAAUCUCUCUUCAAAUGUCCUCACUGACUCUGUUUUCAGAUGUCUACCUCCCAAGGUCAAGGUUCUUGAUCUUCACAAUAACAGAAUAACAAACAUCCCCAAGGAUGUCAUCCAUUUGGAAGCUUUGCUAGAACUCAACAUUGCCUUCAAUUCUUUAACUGACCUUCCUGGAUGUGGUCCCUUCAGCAGCCUCUCUGUGCUCAUCAUUGACCACAACUCAGUGUUCCACCCAUCAGCUGAUUUCUUCCAGAGCUGCCACAGGAUUAGGUCAAUAAAUGCAGGCAGCAACCCAUUUCAAUGUACAUGUGAGUUAAGAGAAUUUGUCCAAAACCUAGGCCACAUAUCAAGUGAAGUGAUAGAGGGCUGGCCUGAUGCCUAUAAGUGUGACUAUCCUGAAAGGUCUAAAGGAACCCUACUAAAGGACUUCCACAUGUCCCCGUUAUCCUGUAACACAGCUCUGCUCAUUGUCACUAUUGGGGCCACCAUGCUGGUGUUGACCGCCACAGUGACCUUCCUCUGCCUCUACUUGGAUCUGCCAUGGUAUCUCAGGAUGGUGUGCCAGUGGACCCAGACCCGGCGCCGGGCGAGGAAUGUCCCCCUAGAGGAACUCCAAGGAACUCUCCAGUAUCAUGCUUUCAUAUCAUACAGUGAGCAGGAUUCUGCCUGGGUAAAGAAUGAGUUAGUUCCUCAUCUAGAAAAAGAAAACAUACGGCUUUGCCUCCACGAGAGAAACUUUGUUCCUGGCAAGAGCAUUGUGGAAAAUAUUAUAAAUUGCAUUGAGAAGAGUUACAAGUCCAUCUUUGUCUUGUCUCCCAACUUUGUCCAGAGUGAGUGGUGCCAUUAUGAAAUCUACUUUGCCCAUCACAAUCUCUUCCAUGAAGGGUCUGAUAAUUUAAUCCUGAUUUUGCUAGAACCCAUCCCACAGAACAUCAUCCCCAGCAGGUAUCAUAAGCUGCGGGCUCUCAUGACCCAGAGGACUUACUUGGAAUGGCCCACAGAGAAGAGCAAACGUGGACUUUUCUGGGCAAAUGUUAGAGCUGCUUUUAAUAUAGAAUUAACACUGGUUGCUGCAAACAAUGACAUGACAACUUAGAAUAUUUGGGAAAUUCAAUAGAAGAAACUGUCAUGAGCAUUGUGUCCUUCCUUUCUUAUCUA